AUGCGUGCCGACAGGGCCGUGCACCUUGCACACCUUGGCGAGCUCUCAGCCGCUCGCCGUGCCCUACUGAGCGAGCCACUUGCCCCUGGCAAUCAAAACACACUCGCGCAGCUGCGCGACCCGGCCCGUCGCCCCAAUCAGCCAUAUGCGCCACUCGACCCGGAUCUGUUGUCUUGGUCGCCUGAAGCACCCGUCACACUUCCAGCGUCAGCCUUGCUCACCAACUUGCGCCGCUCACGCCGAGGCGCUGCACCCGGCCCCACUGGCCUCACUGCCGACAUCGCGCGUUUGCUCCUUGACGAUGCCAAUUCCUCCGAAGCAUUUUGCGAGGUCGCACAGCUACUCGCACGCGCCCGCCUCCCCACCUCGAUUGCAUCGGCCCUUGGUCUCGGGCGCCUCGGUCUCGGGCGCCUCGUUGCACUGCGCAAGCCAGCCGGCGGCGUCCGGGGACUCGUUGUCGGUGACUUCCUUCGCCGGCUGCUCGCCCGCACGCUGGCUCUCGCCCAUUGCCUCCAACUCGAAACCGACUCAGACCCCCACUGCACUGUCCUCUCUGUCGAUGGCAUCGGCGCAUUCGACUGUGUAAGCCGCCAGUCCAUGCUGACAGAGCUCCGAAACACACCUGGCGCCGCCGCUAUGCUCCCCUUCGUCCGUCUGUUCUAUGGACGUCCGUCCUCCUUCGUCUGGUCCGACGAUGACGGCGCCACCCACCGCGUGUCACAAGCUGAAGGCGGCGAGCAGGGCGACCCACUGAUGCCCGCCCUCUUCGCUCUUGGCCUCGCGCCUGCGCUCCGCUCCUUCCAGGCCGAGCUCCUCCCCGGCGAGCGCGUGCGGGCUUUUUUAGACGACAUUUAUGUCACCACCUUCCCUGCCCGCACGGCAUGUGUCUUGUCCCGCCUGGAGCACCAUUUGUUCACGUCGUUGCACAUCCGGCUCCAU